UCAUAACGCUCUCUUCACCUUCUCCUCCUCUCCCCUUUCCCCCUUUCCCUCCGUCUUCUCUGAGCAACCCUUUCCAUCCCGGUCGCUCGCACGCGUUGCUGGCCUCGCGCAACGUCCGCCUCCCCACUCGACUACAUUGAACAGCCUUCCCCCAAACCCCAACUAGCCCAAACAUGGGUGGGUGCAUGUCUUCGGAGGCCACCAAGGCGGAGGCGCCGCGCACAGCGCCCCCAAAGCCCGCCCCACCGGCACCACCGCGAGCCCAAGAGGCGCAGACUGCGUCUGCUGCGGCUGUCACGUCCACGACCUCCACCACCCAGCAGCCGCAGCAGACAGCGUCCCAAAUCAGCCAAGCGACAGCAGACACCGGCCCGACUCCUAAUGGGAGCGGUGCGCCCCAGGGCGUCGGGCAGGGAUUGGCCGCCGCUCUCGCCGCCGCACCGCCCCCGGACGGCGAGUCGCGCGCGACCAAGAAGGACAACAGCAACCAGAUUGACAAACAGCUCGACGACGACUCGAAGAAGUUUAAGAAGGAGUGCAAACUUCUCCUCCUAGGCUCCGGCGAGUCCGGCAAGUCGACAAUCGUCAAACAGAUGAAGAUUAUUCACCAGAACGGUUACACCAAGGAGGAGCUCUUGGCGUUCAAGCCCACGAUCCACAGUAACGUGCUUGUCUCGGCACAAGCACUCGUCAUGGCGAUGAGGAAAAUUGGUGUCGACCCCGAGGAGCCUACCAACCGAACAUAUGCCGACCGCAUCUUGGGCUACAAGAUUGACGAGACAGGCUUCAUGUCGGCAGAGCUGUUCCAGGCAAUCGAGGCGCUCUGGCAUGACCCCAUCAUCCCGGUGAUCAUGGACCGCUCAUCCGAGUUUUACCUCAUGGACUCGGCCACCUACUUCUUCUCCAAUCUCGACCGCAUUUCGUCCGCCGAGUACGUUCCCAACGAGAACGACGUCCUCCGCGCCCGAUCAAAAACGACUGGUAUCAGCGAGACUCGAUUCAACAUGGGCCAGCUUAGCAUUCACAUGUUUGACGUGGGUGGUCAGCGCAGCGAGCGCAAGAAGUGGAUUCACUGCUUCGAGGCAGUCACAUCCAUCAUCUUCUGCGUCGCGCUCAGCGAGUACGACCAGGUCCUUCUCGAGGAGAACGGACAAAACCGCAUGCAGGAGUCGCUCGUCCUGUUCGAGUCGGUAAUCAACUCGCGCUGGUUCCUGCGCACCUCGGUCAUCCUCUUCUUGAACAAGAUUGACAUCUUCAAGCAGAAGCUGCCCAAGGUCCCACUUGUCAACUACUUCCCAGAAUACACUGGUGGCGCCGACAUUAACAAGGCAGCCAAGUACAUUCUCUGGCGCUUCACCCAGACCAACCGCGCACGCUUGAGCAUCUACCCUCACUUGACACAAGCCACAGACACAUCCAACAUCAGGCUGGUGUUUGCGGCGGUGAAGGAGACGAUUCUGCAGAACGCCCUGCGCGACUCUGGUAUUCUAUAAUCUCACAAGGUGCAGGUGGGCGCGCGUGUACGUUGGUGGGGUGGUAGUUGAUGUUGGUGGCGCCAGGGUUUGAACCUGCACUCGCUCUGAAAAGGCCUUCUGUAUGCAGAGAUGUCGAAUGCCGACGCCU